UAGUAGUAUGGGCAGUUAAAGUUUAUUCUGUUAAACAAGAAUCUAAUAGUAUGGUGAUGAUUAUGUUUGUGCUGAUAUAUCCUAAAGAAAGAGAUCCUGAUAGUCGGGCUAUUUUUAAAAAAAAUUAUUAUUAUGCGGUUAGUGAAAUGGUCAUGCCUGAAACUUAUUGGGGUGUUAAAAGAAUGAUGGUAUUGACUUCAAUGCACAUUAAUAUUAAUAAAAUAUCUGAUUCAAAUAAUUGCCUGUUAAAGGUUUCUGUAAUUGAUAUUGCUCAGAAUAAGGCUGAGAUACUUCUAAAUAAUGAGAAUGCUAUUGUUAAAACUUUGAUGAAUGACUAUACUACUGAAAAUAUUAGUUUUAUAGUUAAUGUUGUGUUCCCAUAUUCUAAUUCUCAUUUUCUACAUUUUAACAAUUCUAUUCAGCCAAAUGAGUCUUUACUUUUUGUUGUGUUAGUUGAAAUUGCUAAGAAUUUGCUAGGAGUUAGUGAUUUAAAAUUCACAGAAACUUAUGAUAGUGGAAGUAAAUUGAAGAAUAAUAGUAAAAAGACCAGUAUGUAUUUUGAAGAAAUCGAUAAAAUUAGUAGUGAUCAAGAAAGUGAUGGUAAGAAUAAUAAUACAGAAAUAGUUUCUAAUCAUGAUCAUGGUUAUAGUUACAGUUGUGAUCAUG